AUGAUCACCAUUUGGAAAUUGAUUGCUUCCACACUCGCACUGCUCGACCACAAACGCAGAGAGAGGGAGAGACAGGGAGAAAGGGAGAGAAGGAGAGGGAGAGAUGGAGAGGGAGCAAGGGAGAGGGAGAAGAAUAGAGAGGCCCUGGAAGUGGAAGCUCCAGUGCCAAGCAGUCCCAACAGCUGGUGUGCGGGCCGAGGCUGCAGCAUGGCGGGCCUAGAGAGUGGGACAGGUGGCCAGCGGACCCUCCAACAUCCACCCCCCCACCUCACCCCUCACCUCACCCUCUCCCCUCACCUCACCCUCUCCCCCACCCUCCUCACUGCUCCUUUAGCCCAGAGUAGCGCGCAGACACGGGCAGAAGAGCCUCGCGGAGCAGGUUAA